GUCAUGGCGACGACGAGCCCUCAUUCGGGCGACGAGGAUGAUUCCGCAGCCUUGAAUGACCAGUACCUGCACGACGAUGUCGAUCCGCAUUCCCACGACACGUCUAUUCACAACUCCCCCGUGGACCCCAAAUUAACCCCUCAGUCGUUGCCCUUGCAGAAAAGGCGGAGAGUCGGGCGCGCUUGCGACGAGUGUCGCCGAAAGAAGAUCAAGUGCGACGGCAAGCAGCCAUGUACCCAUUGUACAGUCUAUAGUUAUGAGUGUACUUAUGAUCAACCUUCCAACCGCCGUCGGAAUCCUGCCCCGCAGUAUGUCGAGGCCCUCGAGACUCGUCUGCACAAGGCCGAGGCCCUCCUCCGGACCGUUCUCCCUGACAUCAAUCUCGAUGACCCGCAACUAGAUGUGCAUGCAGCCGAGCAGAAACUCGCUGCUCAGAAGAGGCAAGCGACAGGGGGUAGCAAACCGUCGGGGACACAGGCCGAGGCCGCACCGGACGGCGGGGACGAGUCGCUGCUCGAAACUAUGGUCGACAAUUCAGGCUGCUUGGAUCGCGACGAUCAGGGACAUUGGGACUAUCACGGACACACCUCGGGAAUCAUCUUUGUCCGCCGGCUGCGCAAACAGCUGGGCGCGGCGGAGAUCGCCGGGCCCAUAACGCGACCACACUCGAUGACGCACAUGCUGGAAAGCCCGAAAUCCGUCUCGGAGUCCCCCCAGGACGCAUCCAUCCAAUUCACACACGACCUGCCGCCGCGGGCGGUCGCUCGUCGCCUAUGCCACAAUGCGCUUGACGAUGCCUGUUCUUUGAUGCGCUUUGUGCAUGAACCCUCUUUCUUCGCCAAUCUCGAUCGCAUCUACGAUACCUCGCCUGACCAAUUCACCAAUGAGGAAAACUCGUUUUUGCCGCUCCUCUAUAUCGUCAUGGCUGUUGGGUGUCUGUUCUCAGAUGACGGAGCCGGGACCCUCGACCAAGCCGGCUAUGAGGGCGCGAUUGGCCAAGGGUUUCAAUUCUUCAAGGCCGGCCGGCAACUACUGGAGGUCACAGAUUGCCGCGAUCUGACAUCGCUGCAGGGGAUUUGUUUCAUGGUGCUUUUCCUCCAGUCUUCGGCCAAGCUGAGCACAUGCUAUUCAUAUGUCGGCAUCGCCCUUCGCUCCGCACUACGAUUGGGCCUGCAUCGCACAGUGGCCACUGACUUUAACCCCAUUGAGCGAGAGCUGCGCAAGCGCAUCUUUUGGGUUGUCCGUAAAAUGGACGUCUACGUCAGCACACUUCUGGGUCUUCCUCAGAUGCUGAGCGACGACGACAUCGAUCAAGAGUAUCCGUUGGAAGUGGACGGGGACUUCAUUACUGCGUCAGGUAUUACACAGAUGCCGUCAAAUCACACCCCCUUGAUGGCGGGCUCUAAUGCCCACACGCGUCUUUCAAAUAUCAUUCUCAAGGUGGUGAAAUACAUCUACCCUGUCAAGAAUGCUCGGUAUCGUUCCAAAUCAGAUCAGCGAUACAUGGUGAGCCAUUCCAAGAUCCGUGAAAUCGAGCGUGAUCUUCAAGGUUGGAUGGAAGAACUGCCUGCGGCUUUGCGUCCAGGCACGGAAGUCUCGCCACAGUUGGAACGUAUCCGACAACUGCUACGUAUCAGCUACGCCCAUGUGCAAAUGGUCAUGUAUCGCCCAUUCUUACAUUACGUUUCUGGGGGAUCCCAGGCGCGGGGUGUGGACAAGCGGUCCUAUGCUUGCGCGGCGGCGUGUGUCAGUGUAUCCCGGAACAUUGUCCACAUCACCACCGGAAUGCAAAAACGAGGUCUGCUGAAUGGCUCGUUCUGGUUCACAAUGUACACGACCUAUUUCGCCAUUCUCUCUCUGAUCUUCUUCGUGAUCGAGAACCCCGACUCGCCGACUGCCAAGGACGGGGUCCUCAAGGAUGCCAUGGAAGGCAAAAACACCCUGGCCGGGUUGGCCAAGAAAAGCAUGGCCGCGGACCGGUGCUCCCAGAGUCUGACCUGCCUGUUCAAGACUUUGCCUGAGAUGUUGAAGAACCGUCAGAGUUCCAAGGCCCCCGUCAACCUCAAGCGACCGGCCCCGUCCAACCAAUCUGUCGAGAUCGAAACCAAGCCUACGCCGUCUACGCAAACCCUACCUCACCGAUCCAGUGCAUUCCCGACGCAAAUGAUGCCCCAGUCCACCAUGCCCGGCACUCCAACCCGUCGGCAAGCAAGCAGUGAUAAUACGCAAACUCGGUCCACAGACAGUGGUAGCCAGUCAGCUUGGAUGGCGUCGACUCCGGAGCUGCUCACGGAAACCAUGUCUACACCAGAACAAAUCUCUUCAGCGGGCUCUCUGAAUCCUCCUUUUUCCAACCAAGAACCAUCGAGCCUGGCUUGGGCUCAGCAGUUCAACAACCCCGCCAGUCUCCCAGACCUCAUGCCCAUCAUGUUUCCCUCCGAUGACCCAUUCGCAUAUCCCACACAACCCAUGUCCACCCUGGAAGAUGACCACUUCCGACACGACCACACGGGAAUGCAAUCAACCCAAUAUCCCUUCGAUUCGGCACCGCAGCCAACGGGAAUGGCACCCACCACGCCCAACGACCCAUCGGGUGCUGGCAUUUCCACUCCCACCUUCGAUGCUUUCACAAAAUUUCCGAACCUCCCCGUUAACACUCCGAUCAAAUCGUCGGUGCCGAGCCGUCUCCAACCCGUGACGCAACCCAUGGGCUCCCGUCUUCAAUCCCCGAUUUCACAGGCACAGACCCCCAACGAAGCCCUUGGUAGUCCGGACCUGGUGUCAAUCCCGAACCAGAACUUUGUGUGGCAGGGCUACAACUUCCAGCCCACAAACGUCUCCACGGGUCUGACACCCCAGCAAAACCCGCCGGCUCCUAAUGGACUACAGGGUUUCAGCAUGGGCAUGGAUGAAAAUACCAUGGAACCGAGUAUGGAUCUUGGAAUCUCGUUUGACGAUCUUUUUGGAAACAAUGCUGUCCCCCGCCCUGGCAAUGCGGAGUCGAAUGAUGAUUGGACGCAAUGGAUGAAUGCUGGCGUUUGA